AUGGUCAUCCCUUCCGUCUCCGCGGUGGCCGGCGCUGUGCCGCCGCCUCCCGCGAAAACAAAACCCGUGACCCUAGCUACAGCACCACCUCUGACGGCCACUAGAAGGCACCUCCUCCUGGCCUCCGCCGCAUCCGCACUCCCCACGGCCGCCGCCUCCGCCGCGGCCUCUCGAUUCACCGAGAUCCCUAGCUCCGGCGGCGUGAAGGCCCUGGAGCUGCGGGAGGGUUCCGGCGAGGUCCCAGUCGACGGAGACCAGGUUGCAAUCCACUACUAUGGAAGGCUGGCUGCGAAGCAAGGCUGGCGCUUCGACUCAACCUAUGAUCACAAGGACGCGACCGGUGAUCCGAUACCUUUUGUCUUUACCAUCGGGUCUGGAAAGGUUAUACCUGGUAUUGAAGCAGCAGUGAAGUCCAUGAGAGUCGGUGGUCUUCGCCGUGUUGUCAUUCCGCCAACACAGGGAUACCAAAACACAUCACAGGAACCAAUUCCUCCUAAUUUCUUUGAUCGGCAGAGAUUAUUUACUACUAUAUUCAAUCCGACGCGCCUCGCAAAUGGCGAGGGUUCAACCCUUGGAACUGUCAUCUUCGACAUCGAGCUAAUCAGCAUAAGGCAGCACACAUAA